AUGACAAUCCGCUAUAGAAUUUUUAAAUCCGAGGAGCCCUUCUUAGACGCAGGACAGUGUUUCGCUCGCACUCGAAUUCGAGUGAAAAAAACAGCAUUUAUUGGAUUCAUGGAAAAGUUUAGCAGUCUGGUUUCUGAUGAGAAGAGGGCAUUGUCUAUUAAAUCGUUUUCAACUGAAGAACAGUUAUUCACUCUGAGCUUAAGUCUUGCUGGCGAUCUCUGUUGCAAAGAAAGACUAUGGAUUGAAGUCACACCCAACAAGAAAGAUGAUAUAAAGUUUUGCAAGUGUAAAUUAUUUCUUUUGGAUGCCAGAGGAACGAAGAGAGAAUGCGGGAGAAAUGAAAUUUUAUUCUGUAAAAAUGUAUCACAAGAAUGGAAAUUUCCUCUAAAUUUUACUAAAGGUUACAUGAUGAUGAAAACCAACGAGUUUCUAUCAAAUGAUACUCUGACUCUGAAAUGUGAAUUUUCCUUUUCUACUGAUAUAGAAUAUGAAGCAAUAGAAGACAGCGAGUUUGGUGAUAUUUCUGUUCAUAAAAAUCAAUUUCGCAAGAUCCCUAGUGCUUUAGAAGACAUGAUUUGUUUAUACAAGGAAGGUAUCCUCUGUGACUUGAAGCUGCGAACUGAAACUGAAACUUUUAACGUCCAUAAGACUGUUUUAUGUGCACGAUCCUCUGUAUUCAAAAGUAUGUUUACCACCGACAUGAGAGAGAAGACUACUGAUUGCGUGACCAUCGAAGAUUUAGAUGCGGAAACAGUUCGUCUGAUGCUCAUGUUCCUCUAUUCGGAUAGACUGGAAGACAUGAAUUUGGAACAAGCAAAAAGCCUCUAUUUCGCUGCAGACAAAUACAAUAUUGUAGCUCUGAAGUAUAAAUGUUCAGAUUUUUUGAAGAGUAACCUCCAGCCUCCCAAAAGUUGCGAUCUCUUGCUUCUUUCAGACAUGCACCAAGAUGAAGAACUGAAAAAAUAUGUGCAGGAAUUCAUAAUAAACAACCACGAGGAAAUUCUUCAAACCGAUCAGUGGAUGAAUUUGGAGAAAACUAACCCGGAGUUGACAAUACAAAUUUUUCGAGCUUUGUAUCAAAGAAACUUGAAAAAUUAA